GGACAUCGUGCUGGCGUCACACCUGAAGCCCCUGGAGAAGAAGGACAAGGUGGGUCCCAAGGCGACCGUGCUGUGGAAUCCCUGUGCAGCCCCCACCAAGGCCCCGCAAGCCAGCGAGGUGGAAAUGCCCCAGGAACUGGAUCGACUGCCCAGAACCUCUGCCGAGUUUUACAGAGAUUGGCGCAGAUGCUUGAAAAGCAGCAAAGAAAAAUACCAACUUCUGCUGGAGCUCGGGGGACAGGCCCUGGGCAGGAUCUUUCAGGCUGACCUGGGCUUUGGCCUCCUGGGGGAGUUCCUGGUGGUGCUGGCAGAGAACACCCACCACCAGCACAGAGAAGCCGUUCUCCAGAUCCUGCAGAGCCUGUCGGGCACCAAGCGCUUCGGGUUAAACGUGGAUCUUCUGAGCGAGUCGGAGAAGGAGAGCGGCAGGGAUUUGUUUAGGAAGCUGCGGAGCAUGAGCAGGGACCAGGGCAGCGCUGGCCAUCCCAGUGGCCCUGCUGGCUGUGGAGCGGAGAGGGAAGCCCCCCUCAUGGACAGCAGCUUGCGGAAGGACACGGAGGAAAGGAUGGUGAUGGAGCUGAUGACACGUUACCAGGUCAACUGA